AUUCAAUUUUGGUGGCGUUGUUGGGCACGGGCCUCGUCAGGCAGCAAUUGCGGCUUCCCGACAACUUUGAUUUCUUCAUUAUCUCCCUAUCAUUGUACUACCGAUACCGUCACAACUAGCAGCAACUUUAUGGACCAUGAGCAACAUGAAUACCUCAACCGAAACCAAUAGAGUUGCUGACAAGAGGAUUAUCCGAAAGAUCAGUCCUCCUUCUGUUCGAGGCAAGAAGCGUCAAGUUCGUGGUGGCAACCAAUAUCGUUCCUUCAACAGCCGGAAUCAUGAUAACAACAAUGCAGGCCUGAAGCGACAAAAGACCCACCAUGAACCCAUGGAAUUAGACCCAAUCUUUCCCAAGUUGGAUCAGUGGGAUCCUGUGCAUGGUCGGCGAAUCCAGCAGCGUCGGAAGGCUGUCACCAUUGGCAAGAACACACCUGGUUACAUUGCGUAUUGCAAGCAGGUUCCCAAAGAACAGCGAAAGCCUCGAUCCAUGGAAACUCCUCCGACUCCGGAUCAUACUCUGGAUAUACCCACCAAGCGCUGGCAGGGAAUGGUGAAGGCUUGGCGCCGAGCACUUCAUAACUAUGAUCCCAAAGACCUCUUCUCCUUGCAUAAUAGCAGCAAUGACGAUACUCCUACGGCGGAGCCAAGUAAGAACGAGCAAGAGAAUAGCAAUGCCCAAACCCAGCAGAUUGAAGAUGCCAUUGCCAAGGGUCUGUUGCUGGAUGUGACCACUCCUCGCAAGAGCUACAGUGACGUUGUGUUGGAAUCGCCAGUGUCGGUGCUGAGCGAGGGCAGUCCUCGUCGCCUGGAUGAUAGCAUCAUGGAGGACAUGGCCGGAGAGGAGAGUGAUGAUGAUGAAUUGCUCUAGCUACCGGUACAGCAGCUGGCUAGAUAAAUUUGCAGUUGGGAGGAGGAUUCGAUCGCCAGCCAGCCAAAGAGAGGCAAGUAUGGCAACGUUUUUGGGUGUGGCUAUUUGUAAACGGAUUCAAAGGUUAGGGAGAAGAGAGCAAGAGUUGGCAACUAUGCCAAAUCUGAAGCGUGCAUUUGCUAGACAGGAAUGAUGCUAGCUAUAAGCACACACGCAAAUUGAUAUUACCAAGUAACAGUAGAAUAUGCAACCAAUAAUAACACAAUGUUGUAAUUUCAAAUCUCAAUUAUUCCAUUAUAACAAACUAAAUAUGCC